AUGUUUGACCUUCUCUCAGGCCAAACAAGAGCAAACCAUCGCGAGUCCUCUGAUUGCGAAGCAAACUACACAAUCCCAAUAACACGCGCAGCUGAACCCGUCGUGGAAUGGGACGCAAACGGAAAGUUGUUUGCGGGCGCAUUUUCGACGCUGUUCCUAAGAGGAGGUGAUAUCCUGCCGAAGGGAGCGAUGCCAAAGCAUCUCGUCGAUCACCUUUUCAAGUACUAUGACGGUCGUUUUGAAGAAGAUGUUGUAUUUGUGGCAACGCUUUUCAACCAGAAACAGCGUCUCGCCGCCGUACGGAAGGCAGCGUAUGUCUGUGUUACACAUGGCAAAGCUCUUCUUAAAUUGGCGAAACUAGCGAAUGAUGAUGGAUUCAAGCAACAAUUGCUCGACGCGCAGAGCAAUCCAACGUCAACAAGCGCGAAAAUGCUCAACGCGCAGUUACUUCGAGUGCUAUCCAUCGUCGGCGAACCAGUUCCCUUUUCUCCCUUCGAAAUCGCUUCAGCUCGGCCCAACCUAGCUGCUCUCAGCUGUCGAUACGGACUUGCGCACCACUGGACUACUUUGGUGCCUCGUGAGCAUGACGAUCUUCGAUUACAUCGAAUAGCGCAACUCCGCAAAUUGAAGCAGUGGAAUCAACCAGAUUCAACUCGAGUUAGUAGAGAUUUCGAUCAGCGGGAGGCUGGGGCAUUUGGAAAGGUAGCUGCGUUUGGUGCAGUUGUGGAGCCGCAAAACGAUGGUCGACUUCAUGCUCAUAUGACUGUCUACAACUCUACGUGGUCGCUGGAGCUGCUUACACGAUUAAUCCCGUCUCCUCGGCUUUGUGAAAAAGCAGCACGUUGGUUGGACACCUCGACGUUGUUGAGGCCUUGUGAAAUGGAGGUUCCGUCGGCGCAAACGGCAUACAACCGGUUUAAGCUAGUGGCAGAACGUUGUGCUGCUGCCACAAACUUUCACCGCCACUCUGCCACUUGCCUAAAAGGAAAGCAAGGACGUUUUAGGUGCCGCCUUAGCCGACCCGCGGGAGUUUUCGAGGACGAUACAAGACCGAUUGAGUUGAGAUUGAUACGCGAGGGUACUGGUACGAAGCACAAAGAGACAAAGUUCGCUCUUAUAGGAAGUCACACGAAUUCAUCUGUUUUGGCAUCUAAAGAUGCUGGCGAGGUUGUGAAUGAAUAUCAGCGACAAUAUAUGACUAAUGAUACAAGUGGGCUCAAAUCCACCACAAGUGCAAUGAUGUCGGCAAUAACGUACGCUGAAGAGCACGGGAGUACCGCGGAAGACAGUCACCUACCGAUUCGCCAAGCAAGAGCCGUGGUCGCUCCAGAUACGAGUUCAACUGAAGGUCAAAGUAUUCAGUGCGAACUGCAGCAGAUAAUUGAUGUACUCGAUGGAGAACAAGACGAGCAGGCUGAAAUCAUAUUUGACGAAGAUGAUUCUAGUACUGAUCGAAAGCUGUCACCAAUUGAGUUUGAAUCAAUUGUGGAUAUCCGCAAAGUUAUGUCCUCUUCCAACGAUGAAGAUGUGACUAUUCAACGAGGAAGGCCCCACAGAGUUGGUUUUUCGUUUGCAUCGAGCCACCCAUUGUAUCCACACUACGAGGGUUGUAUACGAACAAAAAUUAUGGCUCUGAUGCUUGGAGGUCCCCCUCUUCCGACGUAUCAAGCGGCAUUGAAAUCAGAAGCAAAGAUGGACACCCUCGCCAAGGCAAUCAUUGGCACAUACACACCCUGGGAUCUUCAAACCAGGGCGCCAAUGUUUGAACCAUCGGCUGAUGGUCUUCGAUCCCUAUUCAAGUGCUGGGGUACCCGUGAAGCAUCGCUAAUUAAUCGCCAGCGCUUUCGCUCGAUUUCGAAUCUUCUAAAGCGCGGCUAUCGUAAUGAAAAUAGUGGCCGCACUUAUUCAGCAUGGCGUGCUCGGAAUGCCAACUACUGGAAUGGGCUCUCCUCAGAUGAUACACUGGCUACAGAACAAAAUACAGCGCAGGAAACUACUGGGUCCGCAAUUGGUUGUGCAGAAGCCCUUGGAAUUAUUACAAAUGACGAGGACGCUUUUCAGCUUCUAAGCUUGACGACGCACUACAAACCAGAUGUCCAAGUCAAAAUCCGCUCUCCAAGAGAUCGAUUUUGGAAAACGAUUCCUGAAUCAAUGCGUGAAACUGUGACAAAAAGAAUAUCUGGCCGUUGUGGAAACGAUUUGGGGUACUGUGGCAACGAGCUGGUCGGGAAUACGUCUAGCGAGGAAUCGACAAAGAAUGCAACAAACAAUCCCUUUCGAUUAGCUGAUAUCGCGAAGCAGAUACACACCUUACCACCGCCCUCGACAGUGGAUGGAAGUGAAAGCCGAAAUAGUGGCUACUGUGGCGAUAAACCUACGUAG